AUGUCAGAGGAAGGGAGUGAAAAUUCUCCGGAUCCCUCCCCCCCUCCCUGCCUGACCCCGUCUACCGAAGACACUGCGGAGGAUGCUCCCUCGGCGGGCCAGAAUGGAGCGCUGGGGCUGAGCGGCCUCAUUGCUACCUGCUGCAUCUGCAUGGAGGUGGAACGCGUGCGAACUUGCUUAAACUCUGAGAAGAUCUGCAUCAUACCCAUCAUGGCCUGUCUGGUGAGCCUGGGUCUUUGCAUUGCUGGCCUCAAGUGGGUUUUUGUGGACAAGAUAUUUGAGUACGAACCUCUGACGCACCUUGAUCCCAAGCGCAUAGGGCAGGGUCCUAUAAUCUCUGCUGACCAAGCAACAGUGGCCGAAUGGCCGCCACCAUCAACUGCCUUUACCUCCACCUUUCCGAUAUCUGAUUUGAUCCAGACGGUGAACGAUCCUGAUGACCCUUUGGUGCUUCCCUCAACUCCUUAUACUAGCCCUUCUCCUCAGCCCCCAACCUCCUCUCCUUCCUUCCUACCCUCUGUCGUACUCGAAUCUUUCUCCCCAGACCCUGUCGUCACCAAAAACCGUGAAGUGACAGAAUCAGCGUCUGUAACCCUUCCCCAAAUGACAGAUACAAACCUCAUUAUCGCACCGGCGUUUACUACCACUUCACCAACGCCUUGGUCAGGCCACGCAAGGCCAUGCAACGAUAGCGAUCGGCACUACUGUGUGAAUGGAGGACAGUGUUUCGUUAUCAAUGGUAUUAAUAAACUCUCCUGUCAGUGUGACCCUGGAUUCACCGGAGAAAGAUGUACAGAGACUGUACCCAUGAGGGUCUUUAUACCUGAACAGCAUCUUGGAAUUGAAUUUAUGGAAGCUGAGGAGCUGUACCAGAAGCGAGUGCUGACGAUAACAGGGAUCUGUAUUGCCCUCCUCGUGGUUGGCAUCAUGUGUGUGGUGGCAUAUUGCAAAACAAAAAAACAGCGGAAAAAACUUCACGAUCGGCUCAGACAGAGUCUCCGCACUGAGAGAAACAACAUGGUAAACCUUGUGAAUGGACCCCACCACACAAAUCAUCCGGCAGAAAAUGUCCAAUUGGCAAAUCAAUAUAUAAUGAAAAACCCUGGAUCCACUGAGCACGUCAUUGAGCGGGAAACAGAAACCUCGUUCUCUACUAGUCACUACACAUCGACAACCCAUCACUCUACGACAGUCACUCACACGCCCAGCCACAGUUGGAGUACGGGCCAAACAGAAAGUGUCAUCUCAGACAGCCCCUCUGUGCUGGUAACAUCGUCAAUUGAAACCAGCAGGCACACCAGCCCGAUCAAUCACCGAGGACGACUCAAUGGGGUGGCGGGUCGACGAGAGAUGCUUAUCUGUGUAAGGAAUUCCAGAGACACUCCAGACUCUCUCCGAGAUUCACCACAUAGUGAAAGGUUUGUCUCUGCCAUGACCACUCCAGCCAGAAUGUCUCCAGUGGACUUCCGAACACCGGUGUCCCAAAAGUCACCCGACUGCGAGCUAUCACCGCCAGUGUCUAGCCUGACUAUAUCCAUGCCAUCAGUGACCAUUAGCCCUUUAAUUGAGGAGGAGAGGCCUCUGCUCCUGGUGACCCCGCCUCGGCAGCGGGAGAAGAGGCAAGACCCAUACAAGCAGUACCACGACUCUGCCCAGGACAGGGGCAGCAUCCCAGCCAGCCCACUACGGGUGGUCGAGGAUGACGAGUACGAAACCACCCAAGAGUACGAGCCGACGCUCGAGUCCCCCAAGAAAGGGGCCGGCAACAGGAGAGGGAAAAGAACAAAGGCUAAUGGCCACAUUUCACAGAGAAUGGAGACUGAGAGCAAUCCAAUCUCGGAGAGCAGUAGCUCUGACAGUGAAACGGAAGACGAACGAAUAGGCGAGGAGACGCCCUUUCUGAGCAUACAGAACCCCAUGUCGACGAGCGUAGAAUCAGCCCCCGCAUACCGAUUGGCUGAAAGCAGGACUAACUCCACCAAUAGGUACUCUACACAGGAAGAGUUGCAAGUCAGGCUGUCCAAUGUAAUUGCUAAUCAGGACCCAAUUGCUGUCUAAAAAAACACAUAAAUGCACCAGUAAAACUUUAUUUUAUAUAAUGAAGUACUCCGGAUACUUUACUUUAAAUUAAACAUUUUAUUUUAUUUUAGCAGAAGAACCUUGCAGCUAGUAGAAAGUCUACAAGUUUUUAUAGAUUAAAUAUAUAUAUGUAAAAAGAAAGUUAGCAUUCACAAUACUAAUGUGCCAUAUGUAGCGUUUUUACAGUAUUUCAACACAGAAAGAUAUCAGUGGUGCCUUUAUGUUACUUUAUGCUGAAAGUGGAAUUACUACAUCUGUUGCCAUUUCAUGCUACCUGCUAACAAACCUGAUGAGAAAAGGAAUGUCUGUGAUAUGAGGGAUUUUUUAAUUUCCUUGAUGGUGGAAUUUGGACUGGGACAGAAGUCUGAGUCAGUUGUUGACAUCUGGAGGUCGGGGGGAAAGAGACCCACACACAGAGGAGGGAAUGAAGAGGGUGUCUCACUGUGAUCUGCUCGUUCAGUAAUGUUUCACUCCUGUGGUUUCCACGAGGCUUGAUGGUUUAUAAGAUUAAACAAACCUUCCUGUAAAAAGAGAUCAAAAGUAGGACUUAACAAGAAAACACUAGAGUCUUGUGGCUGUUGAUAUCGAGAGAAACCAUUAGAAACAUGUCACGAGUUCACGCAAAGCUGAUUUUGAAGGUGAGGAUUCUUUGAAAGCAGUAUGUUACGUUUGGGUGGUUGAAAAGUAAAGUUGUUCACUGAGUUAGAUUAAAUUAUUUCAGUGAAACUGCCUGCUUUAAAAAAGCAGUUCCUCUUUCCUUGGUGCUUUUGUAGGGCCAUGUUAUAUUCUGUAAAUACUGCAGCUCUUUGGAAAGCCAUCAUAAUAUCCCCCUUUGAACUAGCAAUCAGGCACUAGACUCAGUUAAAGCUUUCAUCUGAAUCUUUCUACAUCACUUGGAAGAGGUUUUGGGUCAAAUCUCUGCACGAUUAAAAAGGUUGCUGCUUGAAAGUAUGUUGACUGAUCUUGACAUGGAAAGGUGAAGAAGUGAGCUACUUGACCUGACUCAGUAUUUUCCCUGUGCAGGACAUAAGAUCCUGGCUGAUGGCAGGCAAACGUAAAUAGACCAAGAGAUGGAAGAAUUCUGUUGUUCCCUAUGUUAGGAUUCUGUAAUAGUUUGUGACGGUUUGGAACAGUAUGUAUAUAUUGUCACCAUCUUCGUACUUAUUGCCAUCGGCUGCAGUGAAAGCAGGCCUCUGUGUCAUAUAACCUUUACCUUAAUUUAACAGAUGCAUAUAUUGAAAAUAUAAUGGGCUGCGGCAACAUUCAUCUUUUGGGGUAAUAUCAAUUAAAAGCAGCUGGAGAUGCAGAUUACAAUUCACAUAUGGUCAAAAUAUAUAGCAUUGAACCUGCAUUCAGCAAAAGGACAACGUUUCUGAUAUCUUCCUGUGUUUGUGAAACAGACGCAUUAAAAGCCUCUUUCAAAUAAAGUUUUUUUCUGUUUAAUUGUGUACUUCAUUAUCAAUCCAGUCAAUAUAGCUGCAAUAAGUCCAGUUCCUCCCUUGCAAUAAAGACAUCAGAAUGCCACCUGAACUCUUAAUCCAUAACCCUCGUCUUCAGAGAUCACAAUUUCUACUGUUCAAACUGAGGAGAUCCAGAGGGGGUUAUAUGGCUUAAAAGGUGAUCAAACCAGUCCUUUGAACUUACUGAAAAUUUGAAUUAUUUAAAAUUGUGAUAAAAUGUUUAUAAUCAGCAUUAGUUCAUUUCUGUCACCACAACGAAAUGCGUCAGAAACUUGUGCGUUUUCACUUCAAAGUGUCAACUCUGUGCUUUCAUUGCUUUUAGUGCUGUGUGUUUUAAAAUUCAUUUCGGGCAUGUUACUAAUACAGAAGAAGGAUUCUACAAUGUUCACACUCUCAUAACUCCAAUGGAAUUUCUGCAGUUUUGUAGGGAGAAGGUUGGAAGUAUCUGACAGCUAUUUAAAGAUCACUUGGUGAGACUUAACAUUCUUUUCAUUCCCUGUCCCUGCUUCCAAUAAAUCUGGUCAUGUCAAUAAUAAUUCAGUAGAACCUUCAGCUUCAGUAGAAACAUUUGAUAUGUUUGCAAGUGGCAAAGAAACUAUUUGUUUGAUACUUGAAGGGUCAGAGCAAGGAAAGAGGUGUCAGAAAUCAGUUAAGAUGGACAACUGAUACAGGGAAAUCGGAUUCUCUCACUUUUAAUUUGUCCUAAACUCCAAACUGAGCAAACACAAAUGCCCAACAAUUGAGAGAAAAUGGACCAUUGCAGUCAAGCAAGUGUCUUCACAGAUUCUGACACUCUUUGGAGAGAUCAAAACGGUUUUCCUUUUGUUUAUUACCGAACCCAUUCCUCCACCUCCCUUUGCUGACAUGAAACGAGCUUUAAAUCCAUCACUUGAGAUCUUGUACAAGAGUAAUUUUCACAAACUGAAAGCAGUAGGGGUACAUUCAAAAACCAAUUUUAUCUUUUGGGCAGGGGUGGACAGGGAGGGGAGACAAUCUGCAGUGAAAUUAGUUGAGAGUUUUGUUGAGGUGCUUCUCAUCACAUGUUAUACGCUGUUUGCAAUCUCCUAACGUUGAAGCACCGCUGAGCUAUGAAUGAUUGCAAUAAGCAUUAACUGUUAUGGCAUAUAGUGAGCAUGGUAUAUGUCCUAAUCUACAAGGAGAACAUGCAUGUGAUGUUAUAAUUGACCUUUUUAAAUGUGCAUGAGAUGUAAACAAUGAGCAGUAAUCAGCUGGUGGUUCGGACAAACAGUCUUUACACCUUUUGACUGCACCCCUACAGUUUUCAGCAGUAUUCCAAUACUACUUAAUAACUGAUUUACUUAAAGGAAUAUAAUAUUCAGAAAAUGUUGUAUCCGCUGGUUACUUACAUUCUAUAUCAUUUAGAGGCACACAUACUGAGCAGUCAUCAUUGAUGUUAGGGCACUAGAAUAUAUAAAAGUGCUGAUACUGUGGACAAACUCUAUUUAACAGCUAGUUUUUACACAGAUAGACUAUUUUGAAGUAGACACUGGUAACAGGCCUCUUUAAAACAACCAGUCAGACAUAAAACUAAAAGCAGAGAUGGAAUUAAAGGAAGGUUCUAGGGCGGGGGGUGGGUGUGGGUGGGGGUGAAAAUGGGUGGAGGGAGGGAAAUAGAAGCAGACUUAGAAAGAAAAUGUAUCCUGAAUCCAAUUGCAUCUUGUUACUGUCGAUUGGUCCCAUCCAGCAGGUUUAUUCGCAAAUCGUAAAUCUGCUGUAGUUAAAAGUUACAAAAGUAAAGCGAGACUUUGCAACCAAACCAGACAACGCUUUAUAUCUGCAUCAGUUUGUCUGCAUUUCCUUUUGGUUCUCACCACCAUUUAUUUGUGUGUGUGUGUGUGUGUGUGUAUGUGUGUGUGUGGGCAGUGAGAGAGAGAGAGACAAAAAUAUGUAUGAAACCAGAGCAAUUAGCUUUGGUAUUGGCGAUCUUUGUGAACUGUAACUGUUAUUAUUAAUGAGCAUUCCUGUGAAAACUCUCCAAUAUCUACAAUGAAUUUCAUGGCAGUACUUUUAUUAUUUAUAUCACAGCUUUCUGACAUUCAGUGAAUUUAGUUUCAUGUUAUUUGUAAAAUAUCCUCUGAAAAAUAUAUAUGUUCAAUGUUUCACAUUUUUUUCCUGAUUUUUUGUUUUUAAAAACGUAUAAAAAUAAUUUAUUGUCAAGUAUAAAGGCUAUCUAUAUCUUUCUCGUGAAAAGAAUAUAAUCUGCAUCUAAUUGUUAGAUGCUGCAAAUCCAGUAUAUGCAAAUUGCAAAAAAAAUCUUGAUGCAUUUUUCUUUUUAAUCUUGACGUGGCUUUCUUUAAAACAACAUUUUAAAAAAAUGCUGCAAAUUAUAUUUAGCUUCAGCUGAAGGUUGCCCUGGUAAUCAGUGGACCAGGAACAAGAAUGUACUUAACACCAGUUCAGAUAUUCCAUUAUGAUUUUCAUUUGUGAAGUUACUUUUUUUAAAAAAAUACAUUAAACCAUUUCAUAACAGA